AUGUCACCAGCAUACUUUCUUAAAAUAGGUCCUCCUGUGAAUCAGAGCCACGAGACAUCUGAAAAGGAUUUAGCUUAUACUUUUCUUCAGAGGAUGAUGAUGUUAGACUACAGAGCAAGAUAUAUCCCUGUAAGGCAAGACAAUCCUGAUGCAAGCCGUUCAAAGUCUGUUCCAGUGUUCAACAAUGAUGACUUUGAGGCUCUAUUUAGUACAAAGGUAGACUCUAAUAAAUCAAAAUCUCACAUUCACCCAAUGGAUGUUCAGAUGGCCUUAUUUCAUUGUUCAGACAGCUUCCUUAAGCAGAACCUGACUACUAAGCUUUCCCAGUGUCAGUAUGCCUUACCUUUGCUUGUCCCUGACCCAGUCACUAUGGAUAUUGAGUGUCCUUUGUGGACAUUCAGGCAGAUAACAAAAACCUGGAAGAAAACUAAAAUCAAGGGUGAUUCAAAUGCCAUCACCAUGAAGACAAUGCCCAUCUGCAAAGCUGAGACACCCAUGGUGUUUUUCUUCCGCCUGGGUUCACGUCCAGUGUCAAAAUCUCAGCUCAUGAACACUUUGAUCAAUGACCGUCACAGCACCUUCUUCCACAGGAACUGCCCAGGAAGCACCAAAUCUCGCCUGCUGAUGGAUGGUGUGGCAGAGAUUGCCUGGUACUGUCCAGCUGGAAAACCCAAUGACUCCUUCACUGACUGCAUUGCCUUUUGUAAUCUUCAUGGUGAUGCUCUGUCAUUUGAAAAACAGCGUGAGAUACUGACAGAAAAAUCAUCAGUUAAUGUUGUUCUUGUGCCGACUCUUGAAAAAGGUCAGAAAAGUACUACAGUAAUUGAAGACCUUUACAAGUCACCAACGGCACUCAUUAUUCUCAUUGCUGAUGAUGAUAGUGAUGCAGUUCAGGUUAAAAAUGGAAAAUACAAAAUGGGUGUGAAAGACAGAAAUCAAUCAGAUGUUUCUCAAGAACUGAAAGGAAUAAUUGAAGAAAUUUUAUCUGGACCUCACACAUCCUUCCUGCUUGAAUCAAUGGCUGAGGUUUCUGGAGUCACAGUGGAUGAAGAUCAUGUAGUCUACCAAAAAGGAAAAGCUGCUGCACUGAAAACAGUUAAAAUGCUUCAAGGGAUGGAAAUUUCUAAGCUCAAAGAUACAUUUCUCCCCUGUCAAGCCAAUCUGUGGCAUGAGUGGUGCAGAAUAAAUAAAGAGCUCUAUCACCUUAAAGGAAACAUUGAGAAGGAAAAAAGUGAGAAACAACAGCAGCUGAAUAAAAUAAGACAAAAUCAGUGCAAAGCUUCAUUUAGUGAACUGAUGAAGUCAUUCACAGAAAGCCUCUUGUCUUUGCCAUCAAAAGAGAAGGAGUACUUCCUGAAAUGGACUCAGAUCUUAAUAGAUGCCCUAUCCACUCAUGAAAUCAAACAAACUGAGCUUGAACAAAUCUCCAAAACACUGCAGUCUGCAACGUUUGGCUUGGAGCACAUCUUCAGAGAAAUGGGACAGAUCUAUGAAGCCCAUAGAGCAGUGCAAGCAGAGAGCAGACACACUGAGUGGGUUAAAUACCCUGAACUGGCAGCAGAUCUGAUGAUUUCAGGACACCCAGUGGAGCUGAUGGACGGUGAUGCAGUUCAUGUCCCGUUAAUAUGGAUCGCUAGUCUUUUAGAUGAAGUCAUCAAGAAACUAGGUGACCAGAGAGUUUUUGUGUUGUCAGUUUUGGGUGUACAAAGCAGUGGAAAAUCAACAAUGCUGAAUGCCAUGUUUGGAUUGCAGUUUGCAGUGAGUGCAGGCAGGUGCACCAAAGGUGCCUUCAUGCAGCUGCUCAAAGUGUCAGAGGAAAUCAACAAAGACUACAAGUUUGACUAUUUUCUAGUGGUGGACACUGAAGGACUACGGGCAUGUGAUACCACUCUUCAUCAUGACAAUGAAUUGGCAACAUUUGUUGUUGGCCUGGGAAACAUGACACUGAUCAACAUGUCUGGUGAGAAUCCAGCUGAGAUGCAGGAUGUCCUGCAGAUUGUUGUUCAGGCUUUCAUGAGGAUGAAGAAGGUUAAACUUUCUCCAAGUUGUGUGUUUGUUCACCAGAAUAUUACAGACACUGGAGCUGCUGAGAAAAACAUGAAUGAGAGAAGAUGCCUGCAAGAAAAACUGGACCAGAUGGCUCAGCUAGCUGCUAAACAGGAAUCAUGUGAUGCUGAGUGCUUCAAUGAUGUCAUUGCCUUUGAUGUGCAAACAGAUGUGAAAUACUUUGCUCAGCUAUUGGAGGGAAGUCCACCGAUGGCUCCUCCAAAUCCAGGCUACAGCGAGAGUGUCCAAGAGCUGAAAAACAUCAUCCUGUCUAAGGCUAAACAGUCUGCCGGCAUAAAACUGUCUCAUUUCAGAAUAAAAAUUCAUGACUUGUGGAAUGCUCUAAUUAAUGAGCAAUUUGUUUUUAGCUUCAAAAACUCACUAGAAAUUGCAGUUUACAGAAAACUUGAGGUUGAAUAUGGGAACUGGACCUGGGCCCUGAGGAGCAACAUGCUGACUAUUGAAAAUGAGCUUCACAACAAAAUUGAAAAUGGAGACAUUGACAAAAUUGAGCGUAGUGAUAUUGUUAAAGAAAUGAGGAAAACAUUUGAAAAAAUCAAAAAAGAUAUGUCAAAGUACUUUGAGGAUGACAGAGACAAAGAUAUGUUGGUUCAGUGGAGAGGCCGAUUUGACAACAAAAUAAAGGAGUUCCAAGAGGAGCUGGUAAGAGGAGUGCAAAGAAAACUGGAUGAAGUUAUGCAACAGAAGAAAGCGUGUAAAAAGCUAGAUGAUAAGAAGCCAGAGUUUGAGAACAAGCUGCUGCAAAAGAGCAAAGAGCUCGCUCAUCAGUUAAAAGACAGUGCAAAAGAUGACAACAAACUUCAAAAACAGUUUGACACUGUUUGGAGUGACUGGGUAAAGGAUUUAAUUGCAGAUACAAAACCCAUUGAGGACAUCAACCUAGAAGAGGAUCAGGAAACUAUCCUUCAAGACAUUGGGUUUGAACAAAAUAUUAUAAAUGAUUCCAAAAGCAGUGGGAAAUACAAAAAUAUGUCUGAGUAUGAUGACUACACGGGUUAUAUCGUCCACAAGCAACAAAAAGGACAGGGCAUUGUAGCCCAAGUUUUUUCAUUGAUUGAAGAUCACAUUAGCGGACCUAUGGAGUAUGAGGACCAGGAACUGAUCAGAUCACUAAUAAUCAGCAUUGACAAAGAGUCUCUUGAUGCAGUCAAGAGUAAACCUGUAGCAACAAGAGGCUACAGUUCAGCUUACUUACAAGAAGUGGCCAAAAAUGUUCAAGACACAGUGACAGAGUUUGAAUCAAACCAGAAAUAUGAUUUCAAGAAGGAGUUCACAGUUGAUCUCUUACUGUACAUAUUUGACAGGGCGGGCAGUUGGCUUUCACAGUCUCAUAAGAAAUAUAAAAUGAACAAUGAUGCACACACUUACUUGGAAAGCAAGAAAACACAAUACUACAUUAUUUUCAGAAGCUUAUGCAAUGGAAACUCAUCUGCUGUUGUGUUUGGAGAAAUGAUCUGUGAAAAACUGAAGGUUUCCAUUGUUGAAGCGGUCUGCAACAAGACUGCCAUUGAUCUCGCUGGAGAGAUGAGGUGCACUUUCCCAGCAUUUAAUGGGAACAGACUGAACUUAGAGAAACAUUUGUUGAAGUCACUUGCAGAGAAAGAGGACUUUGAUGCUUUUAUCACCUACAUCCAAAAUCCAAGGAAGCAAGUAGAAGCUUUUAUCAAAGAGAAAGUAAACACAUACAUGUUCACAGAAUACAAAGAAAAAGCUCAAAACAUACUCAGGAACAAUGUGUAUGGGAUGCAAAAUUUUGUCUGUCAAGCUUUGUUUGAUGCAACAAAUAAAGUCAAAACACAGAGAGGAAACACAGAAAUGUGGGCAAAGGAGUUUUCCAGUUUCCUUAAAGAUAAACUGACUCUUGAAUCUGUCUCUUGUCAAAACUUCAGGGACAUAAACAAUUUUGACUUCCUUAAAGAUGAGAUUAAGAGAGGUCUUGAAUCCAUCAAAGAGGAGAUGAAUCAGCUUUCCUUGGAUAAGAUGAAGGAAUUCAGACUGAGACCUGAUCAAAUCCUCAUCGAUCAGCUGUGUAACUGCUGCUGGGAAACCUGCCCGUUCUGCUCAGCUGUUUGUACCAACACUGUCAAAAAUCACAGUCCUGAAGACCACAAUGUCCCCUUUCAUCGACCUUCAGCAGUCAGUGGUGGACACUACAAGGACAGUGAUGAAAUGAGUGUCGAGUUCUGCACAACAAAAGUUGCAAGUGAUAUACGUUUUUACCCUAAUCUAAGGUUAGAUCCCAUUCCUUUUAAAAAGUACCGCAAAGCCGGACCACCAUAUAAAAACUGGAGAAUUACCCCUGAUGAAUCUAAGCUAAAGUACUGGACAUGGUUUGUGUGUCGAUUUCAGAAGGAAAUGGAAAAGCACUAUCAUUUUAAAUUCACAGGGAGUGGUCAGAUUCCCAGAGAGUGGAAAACACACACCAAAGAAGAUGCUAUUGAAAGUCUGGAUGAAAUGUGCAAACUGUGA